AUGCCAGAGAGUUCCUACCGCCCGCCAGCUAUCCAGGGUUCCCCCAGUGGGCAUUCAGGCCCCCAUGGUCCCCCUGACCCUUAUUUCAAUGCCAUGCCGGAGAGUUCAUGCCGUCCUCCAGCUAUCCGGGGUUCUUCCGGUAGGUAUUCAGGUCAGCAGACUCAGACUCCAGGGCAGCAGGCUAUGAUGCGGAUGUGCAUUGAUUACCGCCAGUUGAACAAGGUCACCAUCAAGAACAAGUACCCGCUGCCUCGUAUUGAUGAUUUGUUCGACCAGCUGCAGGGUGCUAGGGUGUUCUCUAAGAUUGACCUGAGGUCAGGAUAUCAUCAGCUGAAGAUUCGGGACUCGGAUGUUCCGAAGACUGCAUUCCGGACUAGAUAUGGCCAUUAUGAGUUUCUAGUGAUGUCCUUUGGCUUGACCAAUGCGCCAGCAGCAUUUAUGGAUCUGAUGAACAGGGUAUUCAGGCCUUAUAUUGAUUCCUUCGUCAUCGUCUUCAUUGACGACAUCUUGAUAUACUCGCGUAGACUGGGAGAGCACGAGCAACAUUUGAGAGUAGUGCUUCAGACCUUGCGAGAGCAGCAGCUGUAUGCUAAGUUCUCCAAGUGU